CUGUCGCCUUAAUCACGGUCGGACACGAGACCACAUACUCCGCCUUUAGACAAAAUAUAGAGGAAAUCUGAACUCCGAAGAGCAUCGAACUCACCUUAUCGGGUCGAUCCAAUUCCAGAUCCGAAUAUGAAUGAUGCAGAUGUAUCCAAGCAGAUCCAGCAGAUGGUCCGAUUUAUCCGCCAGGAAGCGGAGGAAAAGGCCAAUGAGAUCUCUGUCUCCGCCGAAGAAGAAUUCAACAUUGAGAAGCUGCAACUAGUGGAAGCAGAGAAGAAGAAGAUCAGACAAGAGUAUGAACGCAAAGAGAAGCAAGUUGAUGUUCGUAAGAAAAUUGAAUACUCCAUGCAGCUAAAUAGUUCACGGAUCAAGGUUCUUCAAGCUCAAGAUGACUUGGUUAACUCUAUGAAAGAUGCCGCAUCAAAGGAACUCUUGCACGUGAGCCAUGAUCAUCACAACUAUAAGAAACUUCUACAUGAUCUUAUUGUUCAGAGUUUGCUAAAGCUCAAAGAGCCUUCUGUUUUACUGCGCUGUCGGAAAGAUGAUGUGCACCUGGUGGAACAUGUCUUGCACUCUGCCAAGGAAGAAUAUGCAGCAAAGGAAAGUGUUCACCCACCUGAGAUCAUAAUUGACCACAUCCACCUUCCACCUGCUCCUUCCCAUCAUAAUGCACAUGGUCUUUUCUGCUCUGGAGGAGUGGUUUUGGCCUCUCGAGAUGGAAAAAUUGUGUGUGAAAACACUCUAGAUGCAAGAUUGGAAGUUCUGUUCCGUAAAAAACUUCCAGAGAUCCGCAAGCUGUUAUUUGGUCAGGUUGCAGCCUGAUAGGUUGGAUGUCUUUGUACUUAUUUGCAUCUAUUUCUUGAUCUCUGAAUUCUUAAGUUGGUGACUCAGUGAACAGAAAUGUUAUCAGUGAUUUCCUGCUUUUGCGCAUUUGUUUCAUGGUUCUCCUUAAGACCUACUUUCCGUCCGUGAGGUGUCGUUCAUUCUUUUUGUUUGAGGCAUGGGAAAAUACUCAAUUUAUGUGAUAUGUUUCCUGAGUUCUUGCUUCAGAUUGGUUUUCUCAAUUUAUUUCUGUAAUAAGUGUAAACCACUUGAACCCCCCUUACCCUUAUGGGGUUGGGAUUUGGAUAAUAAAAGUUCAUUGAGUCAUAAA